UCUCUACCUGUCUGGCUGCUGUGUCCUUGAACCGCCGGCACCACCCAGUACAAUCCGCCCCGGGGUGGGUGGAAGUUUGAGAAACAUCGGAAAUUCUCGCCGCGGGACAGACGCUUGAUUUCCCAGCAGCCCUUGCUGCCCCCCUGUGUGGCGCAGUACGUUCCCUCCCAGUCAUGUACGCGGCCGCGCCUGCGCAGUCUACCUAGGGAGGGUUUAGUCGUUUGGCCCAGACUCCAUUUCCCAGUGUGCCUUGCGAUGCAGCGGGGAGUAACGGGUGUUGUAGUCCGGCCUCCCUUCGGGCUGGUCCAGCGACCGACAGGAUGUCGGAGGUGCGGCUGCCACCGCUACGCGCCCUGGACGACUUUGUUCUGGGGUCGGCUCGUCUGGCAGCCCCGGAUCCAUGCGACCCGCAGCGAUGGUGCCACCGCGUCAUCAACAAUCUUCUCUACUACCAAACCAACUAUCUUCUCUGCUUUGGGUUCGGUCUCGCUCUAGCCGGGUACGUGCGUCCGAUGCACACGCUCCUGAGUGCGCUGGCAGUGCUGGUGACACUUGGCAUGCUGGUGUGGGCGGCUGAGACCCGCGCAGCAGUGCGACGCUGCCGCCGGAGCCACCCUGCCGCCUGCCUAGCCGCAGUGCUUGCCGUUGGCCUCCUCAUUCUCUGGGUCGCGGGCGGCGCGUGCACCUUCCUGCUCAGCAUCGCCGGGCCGGUGCUUCUGAUUCUGCUGCACGCCUCCAUCCGCCUUCGAAACCUUAAAAACAAGAUUGAGAACAAAAUCGAGAGCAUUGGUCUCAAGCGGACGCCAAUGGGGCUGCUACUAGAGGCGCUGGGACAAGAACAGGAGGCUGGAUCCUAAGGGCCUGGGACCUGCACCCAGGACUUGAAGAACACCCCCACCCCCACUCCCACCUGCAACCCAGCCCAUACCCAGGACCUAGAGCCUUUUCCCAGCCUUUAUAAUAGCAGUCAAGAGCACCUUGGCCAGUCAAAAAGACAGGACAUCAGUGAUCUCCACCCUGGUUUAAAAUUAGGGUACCAUUCAUUCCCAAUCCCUCUCCCCUUACUAGUCUUCCACAACCCUCAACUUAGGACCCACAGCCACUCCAGCCUCAGGCCUUGGGCUUGGUACUGGAGCAUCUAUGGCCACUCUCAAACCAUGGAGAGGUACCUACCUUAAUUCUGGGACUCACUAGUCUCUCAUAUCUAGCACUGAAGCUGGGGCCUGGGGCAAGCCAUUCUCAAAUCUUGAACCUUGGACCAAGUCUUCCAAACCCCACCUCAGCUUCAAAUCUAGGUUAAGGCAUUGCCAAAUCUAGACCCCCAAGCCAAGUCCUCCCUCACCUGGGUGGAGUCAGAUAUCCUGACCCUGUUGAACCAGGUGACCCCAACCUCACCAAUCCCAGUUGCCUUCAGCUGUUUAAGAGGUGUUGCCCCUCCCCUAAUGUUCCACAGUGUCAAGGACCAAAGGGUGGAGGGUGGGGUAGCCCCAAUUGGAAACGGGGUAGCUACAUCAGUGUUGCUGCAACAAUAAAGCCGUUGCCUCUCUCAAGCUA